GCAGGAAUUCAUAAUAAGCUUAAAAUCCAAGACAGCACCAGAGAAACCUGUUGAUCUUGCACAGGUGACAUUCAAGAAGAGAACACACUACAAAUACAAGUAAAAGAACAUAUUCCCAGAGGUGUCAAGUUAGAGACUGAGACACUUAGAAAACUUGGCAAAAAUUCAUAAGAGUUAAAGAGAUUCACUCAAAGGCAACAUAGGCCAAAAACCAAGUUUCGCUUUUAUAGUGGAGCCCUGCCUUUAACUACUUAACAGUGCAGUGACUGGAGCAAAAAGGCCUGAAAUAACCUGAUAGAAGAGUUACUCCAAAGUGACACCUAAAGUCUGUACUUUCUACAUUCAUCUCAAGGAGAGACUGACAAGGAUAUGAAUUAACAUUGGAUUGUCAAGAUAAGAAAGUGUGUUUUAUAUUGCUCUUGAGGAACUAUUAAGAAAACAUUAAAGACUUCACCCAGUUUGUAUUCAUACACAUAUGAAUGUUUUGGACGCAUUAUUUGAGGAUAUAUUCAUAACAAUGGACUGAUAUUUGUACCAAUCAUAUUUGGAAUAAUCUUGCCUGAUUUGCAACCAUUUGAAUAUGAAGCCAGGAACUCGUUUUCAGCAUUUCUGUCUUGCCAAGGCGCUAUAUGACAAUAACGGGGACUCUCCGGAUGAACUGGACUUCCGGAAAGGAGAUGUAUUAACAGUCUUGGAGCAGAAUACAGCGAGUCUAGAAGGAUGGUGGUUAUGUUCGCUAAAGGGAAAGCAGGGGAUUGCCCCAGGAAAUAGACUCAAGUUAUUAGCGGGGAUGUAUGACUCUGGAUAUCAGAAUCAAAACCAAAACAAUCGAAAUUCAGGAGAUUUUAGGAAUUCUGCAGAGAUUAGAAAAAGCUGGGAAAUGAAUGGAGAAAGGGUGAUGACUCCACAGCGAGUGGGUAAUGUGUAUAUGUAUCAGCAAAGAGGCACUCAAGAUUAUGAUGUGCCCCCUGUACGCAACACACCAGAUAGAGCGCCACCUUUAACGAGUCCCCAGAACUAUGAUACACCCCCAGGUUCGCGGGGCACAUCUGUGGUUGCUGGAGAUAUGUAUGAUACCUUACCAGGAAAAAAUGCUACUUAUAAAACAAUUUCUGAAUAUGAUACUUACGAUACCCCCCAGCAUGGUAGUGUCCCCCAGGUCACUAAUACUGACUAUGAUGUACCACAACCACAAGUUCUGUCGAAUAGAUCGAGUACAAUCUCUAUGCUGUCAACUGGCUCUGGGGGGACACUCUCAAGUAGUGCGUCAAACCUGAGCAUCCCAGGGGGGUCAGCCAGAUCAAGUUCCGAAAUGUCAAACCCGGAUAUUUACGACGUUCCUCGGGGCAGCAGUAAUCGUGCAUCCAGGGAUUCCCUAUUGGAAAUUUAUGAUACCCCCCCUGCUGCCAGGAUCAGGCAAGGGACCCCAUCAAGCACAAACUCCAGGGGUGAGUCACAGGAUUAUGACACCCCAGUGGCAUCAAGAUCUAUACACCAGGAUGAUGGGGACCAGGAUUAUGAUACCCCCAGGAGCUCAAGCAGGCUGGCAGAGUCCACAGAUUCUGCUAUAUAUGACACACCUCCAAGUCGACGAAAAAUGUUGAACACUUCAUUGGACAUAUAUGACACACCCCCAGGAUCAAAAUCCAGUUCGCUCAUCGAGUCAGAUUAUGACGUCCCAAUGAGCUCAAAAUCUACAUCAAUUGCAUCAUCAAAAAAUUCUUCAAUUUUGGAGGAUGAAAAACGCAGGAGUAAUCUUUCCUCAUCAUUGGACAGUGAAGCAGAUUAUGACGUGCCUAAAAGUCACCAUGCAGUGUGUCGUGACACAAGUAAACUGAGUCGUGACACAAGUAAACUGAGUCGUGAUGCAAGUAUAAUGAGUUGUGACGAUAGUAUUGUCAGUGUUGACUCACAGGGAAUGGACGAUUAUGAUGUGCCUCCUACGCCAAAAGUGAUCGAUCCUUCUGAAGGUGCUCUACACCAAUCACGUUCCAGCAUUGAACAUGUGAUUGAAGAUGAUGAUUACGACGUGCCUACUAAAAAUACACCAAUAAAAGGUGCUCUGGAUGAGACAGAUGGAACUCUUAAACGAUCUAAACUACAGGAAAGUGAUUUAGACAGUAUUUACGAUGUCCCUCCCCAGGUAACAAAGGACGAAAAUGUCUCCAAAAAGGACCUGAAUCAAAGCCUGGACAAACUUGCCUCAAUAAGUCUUGAUGAUCACAUGACUGACAUUCCUUAUAAGGCAUUACCGUUAGAAUUAAAUGCUGCUAUGGAUAUGUUAGUCAAGCGUCAACAAAAUGCACAAUCUUCCCUUGCUUUUCUCCUCGCAUUUAAACCAGAAACUUGGGAAAACCAGGAAAAUCUGGCACACAAAACAUACGAUGUGAAAAUUGCCUGUAAGAAUAUACAAAAGACAUUGAGAGAAUUUACAGAAUUUUCAGAAGGUACAGUAGCCAACUCCCGUCGUGCUGCCGACAAAACAUUACCCAUAAGGCUUCAGCAACAGCUGUUACCCAUUCAAGAUUCGCUCACUAUUGUUGAUAAACUGAUUAAACAUGCAGAUGAAUUAGAUUGGCAAGCGGCUAAAUUAUGUGAUAAUAAAGACCUUAAGGAACUUCUAACGCUAUGCAAAACCUUACCAGACAAUAUUCAUACACUAGAGACAUCUAUCCAAGGAAAUGGUGUUCUCUUAUUUAAGCGUGCUAAAAAAAUAGAGGACGAAAGAAGAUCCAUGGAGGGUCGUCCAUUACCACCAACUCCACCUAGUGUCAAAAAUGGGAAACCACCACCGACUAAACCCAAACCAAAAUUGAACAGAUCCAGAACCCCUGAAAGAGUAAGCAGGGAUGGAAGAACUACACCUAAUGCCACACAUAAUUCAUCAUUCCACGCGUCACAAAGUGACUUGGCAGAUGAUAACAAAAACAAUCCUAAUAAUGCUAAUAAAAAUUGGAAAGACAGUGAAGACUAUGUAAGCCUUGAUACAAGUAAAAACAAUGUUGGCCCACAUACACCCAAUCGUGACAAUGGUAGAGAAAAAAUUCUAUCGGAACAUGGUGAUCGCACGGGUAAAGUCAUUCCUAGUACCCCACCUGCAUUGAUAAACACUGAGGGGGAUGGGUUAGGUUUAACACCAAAGUUUAAGGAACGCAUGGAUAAACUUCUGAAGGACUCGCAAAAGCCUGUUAAAACCCACAUGGAAGUUCUUCCCGAUAGUAUUAACACAAGCACGCAUAGUCAUAACACAGAUAGUCAAAUCAAAAUAGAUAGUCAAAUUACACGAGAGUCACUUCAUGAUAAUGACAAACAAAUACUCGAGUUCUACUCGGGUCAGAUGGAAACUCACUCAAGUCUACUCACGAAUGCUAUUGACGCAUUCCUAAGCUGUUGUGAAUAUAAUCAACCCCCGAAAGUUUUCAUCGCACAUAGCAAAUUUGUUGUGCUCGCUGCCCAUAAACUUGUUUAUAUUGGUGAUACUUUACAUAGGAAUCUGUUGCAUCAGGAUUGUAGUGCACGAAUUAUGGGACUUGCCAAUAAAUUAUGUGAAUGUUUGAAACUGACUGUUACAACAACGAAAAAUGCAGCAUUAAAUUACCCAUCUAUCGAAGCAUCACAACAGAUGGUGGACAGUGUCGUCGGAGUGUCCCACGCGGCUGAGAAUUUGAAGAUGGGCAUCAUUAAUCUAUAG